AUGAUUACCAAGUUCAUGACCGAGAUUACCACAAAAUUCAACCCCUUCUCUCCUUCAGCCAGGUCUGCUCGGCUCUUCCUCUCCUUUAUCCCCCCCACGGCCCGCUCGACUGGCAUGACGAUCAACACCACACUUCUCCCAAGGACGUCGACGGAGCCUCCCUCUCUUUAUGUUAAGUUCAAGGACGGCAAGGAGAUGAACCUCGACUGCGAACGUAUGGGAAUCAAGGGGCUUAUCGAGGAGGUUGACCGACACUCCAGAGGUCUGCAGAAGCAGGCUGACUUGACCGACUAA